AUGCGCUUCGCUGCUAAGCCGACGCAGCUGCUCGGCCGGGUCCCUCGGCGCGCCUGGCGCUGGACCUUCCGGUUCAUAGUCGUCGCCGUUAUCCUUCCUGUCCUGCUCCAAUGGAUCAUUGCCUACCUCGUAGGCAGCGACGCCAGAAUACUCCCGCCUCAGCUCCUCGCCGCCAAGAACCUACUAAUCGUGACGGCACAUCCCGACGAUGAGUGUCUGUUCUUCUCACCCAGCAUCUUAGGUGUUCUGGACAGGAACAAAGCCAUUACCGGGAGCCUGUUGGUGAUGUCCACAGGCAACAAUUAUGGACUCGGCGAAACAAGAAAGCAGGAACUCCAGGGGUCUUGCCAGGCGUUGGGCAUCCAUUCUCAGAGGUGCAUCGCCCUGGACCAUCCUGAGCUGCAAGACAACCCCAGAGUCUGGUGGAAUACCGAUCUCAUCGAAGGCAUUGUGCGCGACUACGUAAAGAAGUGGAAAAUUGAUGCGAUCUUGACCUUCGACGAGCGCGGAGUCUCAGGCCAUCUGAACCACAGAGCGGUCAGUGCAGCUGUCAGCCACUACGCUGCCACCGAUCCCGAGGGCCCCGUCGCCUUCACACUGACGACAACGUCGCUGCUGCGGAAAUACACUUUUCUCGGAGACCUGCCGUUAACAGCUCUUCCCUUCACAUGGCGCAUCGUUAGCGCGCUCGCCUACCCCGCGAGCACAGCAGACCCAAAAGAUGGCAUGCGAGCGUUGAUCGCCAACACUGGGGACCGCUAUCUCAAAACCCGUCACGCCUUUGCCAAACACCCCAGCCAGUACACUUGGGACCGCCAUCUGUACAUGAUCGCGAGUCGUUAUGUCUGGUUUAAUGACCUGAAGCGGGUAGAGCGUAACCAGCAGGUAGCACAGAGCUAG